AUGUAGAAGUGUUCAAUGAAGUUCAAGAUUGCAUAAUUCCCUCUGAAGAACCUUUCAAAAGACCAGAGUCAGUGGAAACUUUCUGUGCUUCGCUGAAGGAUUAUUUCCAAGACACCUGCAGAUUUGUGGCCAUGGAACGUGAAGUAACUCUGGAUCACCUGUUUAUUGAUGAGACACUUGUUCAAAUCCAAACUGAAUUCAAGACUGGAAAGAAUAGUGGAAAAGCAGUGGAAAAGGAGCUGAAGAUCUGCCAGGACUGGUCCAAUGGAGAGUUUUCUCAGUUUGAAUUUGUGUUUUGGUUUGACUGCAAGCAAAUAAGUUUGCCUCAGAGGAGAUACACCCUGAAGGAACUGCUGCUUGAAUUUUUUGUAAAACCUCAAGAGGGAAGUGAAGAGAUCUUUGAGUAUAUAUUGCAAAAUCCUGCUAAAGUUCUUCUGGUGUUUGAUGGUUUUAAAGGAUUGCAUGAUCAUGAGAGUUUUGCUCGUUGCUUGGCCAGGCAGCUUGAAACAGAUUUGUGCAGUAUAAAGGAGCUACUUUCAGGACUCAUCCAGAAAAAGAUACUCAAUGGCUGUACUUUAUUAUUUACAGCCAGACCAAAAGACAAGGUGUACCACUAUGUGACCAAAGUGGAUAAGACUAUUGAAAUAAUAGGAUUUUCCCCUCAGCAGAGAGAACUGUACAUAACCAAAUACUUUGAGGGAUUACCCUACUGUGAUAGUGCACUGAAGCUAAUCAAAGAGCAUGAGUACCUGUUCAGUCACUGUUACAGCCCUGUUAUGUGUAGACUGGUUUGCUUCCACUGUGAGACAAUGCUUGAAAUGGGAGACAAGAGCCUUCCUUCAACCCUUAGUGCAGUCAUUCUGAAAUCUGUUCAGCAGAAGAUAAUAGCUAUGCAAACAGAUGUUACAGCCACACAGAAUCAAGAGAGUCUUGCUACACUGGCCCGCACAGCCUGGUGUCUUGGUGAAAAGUACCAAAGUGCCACGAAAAGUAAUCUGCUUCCUUCCAAGGAAGCUAAAGAGUUUGCUCUGAAAUAUGGAUUUUUCCUGCCAUUUGCAUUCCCUGGACAUUCAGAUAAUGAAGAAGAGGAGUUUGGGAGCACAUUCUCUGAUUUUCUCAUUCAGAAUUUCUUGUGUGCACUUCACCUCUUGUUAGCAGAAGAGUUCAGGGAUCAGAGUCGAACAAAGUACCUGUGUUUUCAAUCCAAGAAGAGAAAACCUUGUAACUGGUUAGAUUUAGUGCCUCGAUUUUUUGCUGGAUUGUCAUUUCUCCAGGAUGACCCUUACUUCUGUUCCCUUUCAAAUAAGGAUGUAAAACAAUCAAUCAAGGACCAGAAAACACUCUUGAGGUACAUUCAAAGGCUGCAGAUCAAUAAUCUCUGUCCAGAGAGGUUGCUGGAGCUUUUCCAUUGUACUUAUGAAACACACAACAGUUACCUGCUGCAGCAUGUGGCCUUAAGGCUCAAGCCAGACUUGUCUUUCCUAGAUGUAGUUCUUACACCACCUGAUGUCCACGUCCUGCACUCUGUUCUAAAAAGGUCAAGUCAAGAGUUCUCCUUAGAUUUGCGAGACACCAACAUUGACAUGCAAGGGCUGAGGGACUUGGUUGGCCUGAAGAAUGUGACAUCGUUCAGGGCCUCGGUCAGUGACACAGUCAGACUCUGGAAAUCUUUAGAGCAGGCACAAGACUAUGAACUGCUGAAAGCAUCCACAGAGAAAUUUGUUCUUCAUCCCUUUAAGGCAAAGACAAUGAAGGACAUCAUUGGCCUCUCAGACCUUGUAGAGAUGCAAGAGAAGAUGAUGAAUUGUGUGCAAGAUGCAUCUGGUUGCAGCAGCUAUGAGAUUCCUGCCAUCAGAAACCUCCGAAAACUGGAGUUGGCGCUGGGUCCAGCGUGUGGUCUGCAGGGAUUGCUAAAACUUGUGAAAAUCCUUGCAGCAUUUCCAUCCCUUCAGCAUUUAGACCUUGAUGCUCUGAGUGAAAAUGGCAUAGGAGAUGAAGGAGCAAAGAGUCUAUCUGAAGUCUUUCCAACCCUGACAUCACUAGAAACAUUAAAUUUAUCACAGAAUAAAAUAACAGAUGUGGGUGCAGAGAAACUAGCUACAGCUCUUCCUUCCUUGUCUUCGUUAAGAACACUAAGCUUAUACAAUAACAGUAUUUGUGAUUUUGGAGCAGAAAAUCUGGCCAAAGUUCUUCCUGUGAUGACAUCUCUGAGAGUCCUAGAAGUUCAGUAUAACAAAAUCACUGAUAUUGGAGCCCAGCAGCUAACCAACAGCCUACGGAAAUGUCCUCAUAUAAAGAACUUGGUGAUGUGGAAUCCCACCAUUCCCCAUGGAGUCCUUGAACACCUUCAGCAGCUGGACUCGAGGAUCAGUGUGUAG